AUGGCCUCAGCAUCUGUGGCCAGCUUGGCAGAUGAGGUCAACUGCCCCAUCUGUCAAGGCACCCUAAGGGAGCCGGUCACCAUCGACUGUGGCCACAACUUCUGCAGGUGCUGCCUCACUCGCUACUGCGAGAUCCCGGGCUCGGAAUCGGAGGAGUCCCUCACCUGCCCACUCUGCAAGGAGCCCUUCCGCCCCGGGACCUUCCGUCCCAACUGGCAGCUGGCCAACGUGGUGGAGAACAUCGAGCGCCUUCAGCUGGCGUCCACGCGCGGCCUGGAGGCCGAGGAUGCCUGUCCAGAGCACGGGGAGAAAGUCUACUUCUUCUGUGAGGAUGAUGAGGCGCAGCUCUGCGUGGUGUGCCGGGAGGCUGGGCUCCAUGGGGCCCACACGGUGCGCUUCCUGGAGGAUGCUGCAGGUCCUUACAGGGAACAAAUACAGAAGUGCCUUAUGUGUCUAAGGAAAGAGAGAGAGGAGAUCCAAGAAGUCCAGUCAAGAGAAAACAAAAGGAUACAGGUGCUCCUGACUCAGGUGGCCACCAAGAGACAGCAGGUGGUUUCUCAGUUUGCACGUCUGAGCCAGUUCCUGGAAGAACAACAGAGUUUUCUCUUAGCACAACUGGACAGGUUGGACGGGGACAUCCUGAAGCAACAGGAAGAAUUUGAUUCCCUGGUCACCGGGGAGAUCCGCCGGUUCAGCACCCUGAUCGAGGAGCUAGAGGAGAAGAACGAGAGACCAGCAAAGGAGCUGCUGACGGAUAUCAGAAGUACUCUAAUAAGAUGUGAAACCAGAAAGUGCCGGAAACCAGAGGCUGUGUCCCCAGAGCUGGGCCAGAGGAUACGAGAUUUUUCCCAGCAGGCCCUCCCUCUGCAGCAGGCGAUGAAGGCAUUUCUGGAAAUGCUCUGCUUUGAGUUGGACUAUGAGCCAGCUCACAUCUCUCUGGACCCCCACACUUCCCACCCGAAGCUUCUCCUGUCCGAAGACCACCAGAGGGCUCGGUUCUCCCACAAAUGGCAGAAUUCACCAGACACCCCGCAGCGUUUUGACCGGGCCACCUGUGUCCUGGCCCGAAGUGGCUUUACAGGGGGGAGACACACGUGGGUGGUGAACGUCGACUUGGCCCACGGGGGCAGCUGCACCGUGGGUGUGUUGCGGGAGGAUGUGCGCAGGAAGGGGGAGCUGCGGAUGAGGCCCGAGGAGGGAGUGUGGGCGCUGAGGCUGGCUUGGGGCUUUGUCUCAGCCCUGGGGUCCUUCCCCACACGGCUGGCCCUGGAGGAGCAACCCCGGAAGGUGCGGGUGUCUCUGGACUAUGAGGUUGGCUGGGUGACCUUUGCCAACGCAGUCACCCAGGAGCACAUCUACACCUUCACCGCCUCCUUCACUCAGGAGGUCUUUCCCUUGUUUGGACUCUGGGGCCGAGGGUCCAGUUUCUCCCUAAGCUACUGA